UUUUGCGACAGCACGCUCCUCCUUCACGUUGCAACUGCAACACUUCAGGCAGCAUGUGAGGAGUUUAUUUGGAUUUACUGAAACUUAAAUUACAAAAUAAAUUUAACGGAUAUCUAAAAUAUCUGAGGCGCCAUGCGCAAUAGGUCCCUUCCCGCCUCUCCUAACUGGUACAGCGCGUGCUGCAGUGAUGUCAGCAGCAGUGGUUUGCUGGGAGCCGGAGCCAAAAACGUGAUCUACCUGAUAGAGGUUUCUGCUACUUCAUGCAGGGUUACAGGGGAGCUCGUGGGCCACAGGGAAUUGGUGUCAGGCUUUUCGUUUUGUCAGCACCCUGAGCAGAGUCACAUCUGUGUCAGCUCCUCCACUGAUGGCAGCAUACGCUUCUGGGACUCGAACAAGAAGACUUCAAUCAGGGACAAUGCCGUCCAUCAGAACCCCGUCUCUGCGGUGCACUGGUCCCCCGCGGAUAAAAACCUGGUGGUCUCAGGUGAUGAGAAGGGUGUGGUGGUCUGCCACUGGUUCCACACCGGUGACACAGCCAGCUUCUUCCCCGAGCCAAGGACCAUCUUCUGCCUCACCUGCUCUCCUCACAGCUGGAAGUCUGUGGGUGUUGGGUACAAAGACGGGAUGAUCGUGCUGAUUGACAUAAGUAGAAAAGGUGAAGUGACACAACGUCUCCGAGGACAUGACAACGAGAUCCACUCGCUGGCAUGGUCUCCUGUGAUCGGAGAGGACGCCCUUUAUACCAGAGCUGAGGAGCAUGAAGCAACCAAUGGAGUUUCAACAGGAGAAGAAGUAGGCUGCUAUCUGGCUUCUGGGAGCAAAGACCAGACGGUGAGGAUCUGGAGCACCGCCAAGGGAAAAGGUGUGAUGACUCUGAAGCUCCCGUUUCUUAAGAGAAGAGGCUCUGGUGUUGACCCCGGGGUAAAAGAGAGGAUCUGGCUCAACGUCCACUGGCCGAAGGGACGAGCGACGCAGCUCAUAUCCAGCUGCUUCAGUGGUGAGUUGGUGAUGUGGGAUCUGGCCAAGACUGGGAAGCAGAAGUGGAGUCUGUUCGGAACAUCGUCUGAGGGUCAGAACCACAGCCGGAUCGUUUUCAACAUGAGUUCUGUUCAGCUGCAAGACGGCCAAGAGCUGCUCAUCAGCACGUCCAUGGACAGAGAGAUUAAAUGCUGGGACCUGAACUCUCUGAGUUGCUGUUGGACCCUACCCACUCUGGGGGGCCACGUCUUCAAACUGACCUUCUCCCCGGUGGGUAUCGGCUGUUUGGCGCUGGGCGUCGGCGACAACAUGAUCAGGGUGUGGAAUACGCUGAGCACCCAGAACCAGCAUGACGUCAGGUCCUUUUGGCAGGGCAUCAAGUCCAAGGUCACAGCGCUGGCGUGGCACCCGAAGAAAGAAGGAUCCUUGGCUUUUGGAACCGAUGAUGGAAAAGUUGGGAUCUAUGAUGUCUUUUUCAGCAAGCCUCCUCAGAUAUCGAGCUCCUAUCACAGGAAGACUGUGUACACAUUGGCCUGGGGCCCCCCGGUCCCCCCUCUGUCAUUUGGUGCAGAAGGAAAGCAGAGCUACAGUCUGUACAGCUGCGCCGGCGAAGGUGUCAUCCUGCAGCACGACACGUCGAGGCUGAACGGGGAGGCGUCGGACAUCGAUAAACUCAUCAGAGACACGAACAACAUCCAGCACAAGUUGUCUCCACACACGGACCUCAGCUGGAAGCCGGAUUGGAAGGUUGUCGCCAUCGGCAACGAGGAUGGGAGCAUCGAUGUGUAUCAGGCUCCCAGUCUGACGCUGCUGUGCAGCAUCCAGCAGCACCACAAGAUCAUCAACACGCUACAAUGGCACCACGACCACAGCUCUACACCUGAACUCCACUGUCUGCUGGCCUCGGGCUCCAGCAACGCCAUCGUCUACGUGCACGAUCUCCACGCCAUUAUAGAGAAUCCUCCAGAGAGCCCAGUGUUGCUGACUGAGCCGUAUCGCAGGCUCUGUGGACACACAGCUAAAAUUACCAGUAUGGCCUGGAGUCCACACCACAGUGGCAGACUAGUCACCGCUUCGUAUGAUGGAACUGCACAGGUGUGGGACGUCCUGGAGGAGGCAGCCAUCUCCAACUACCGCGGUCACACUGGUUACCUGCUGUGUGUGGACUGGUCUCCAGUUGAUCCAGAUGUGAUCUGGACUGGAGGGAAAGACUUCACAGUUCAGGAGUGGAAGGUCUCUGAGCAGGAGUUCACAAAGCCUCCUAAAGGGAAGAAGAUGGUCCUGCUGCAGGAGAAGAAGGUCGGCUCCAAACAAAAGAAGAAGAGCAAGACAGUGUCGGUGUCCGGGGGAGUCGUGGAGCAGAAGAUAAACGGAGAGCCAGCGACUGAAGGAAGGAAGGUGAUGACAGAGCAGGGUCUGUCCGCUAAAGAUGAAGAGGAGGAAGUCCGAUUAACAAACAGUCUGGAAUAUCCUGCAGCAGCUGUUGAGAUGCAAAGGAAACCAACCUCUGCUGCAAAAUGUAAAGACAAACCAGAUCUGCUGAAGAAGAAGAAGCCUCGCUCCAUGCUGCCCCUCAGUACCUCUAUGGACCACCGGCCCAAAGAGGAGCUGCUGCAAGAUUGCGUGACUCUGGCUUCAGUCAGACACUCCGAUGCGCCACCUGCAGGCUGUGUCCCGGGUCGAGGAGAUUAUAUCCAUCUGGGUCUGUUUCAUGACAGAGAAGCUCUUUACCGCAUGUUUGAGGCCGAAGAGGAGAGCCACGUAGAGGCCGGCCACUAUGACUCUGUUGUGUAUCUGCGGCUGUGGAGCGGAGACCUGCAGGGGGCGCUACAGCUUGCCACAGAGAGAGGAGAGCUGAACGACCACCUGCUCUCCAUCGCUCCCAUGGCCGGCUUCGAGGUGUGGAGCCGUACGGUGGAGGCCUUCGUCAAGCAGCUGUCUCUGCAGGAGCAGUUCCUGAAGGCGGCGUCCCACCUGCUGUCCAUCAACAGGCUGUAUGAGGCCGUGGACCUGCUGAGGUCCAACAAGCUCUACAGGGAGGCCAUAGCACUGGUGAAAGCCCGGCUGCCUGCAGACGAACCUCUGCUGAAGGAUCUCUACACGUGUUGGGCUGCUGUGCUGGAGAAAGAUGGACAUUUAUCUGCUGCUGCUAAAUGUUACCUUGCUGCCAGCUGCAGUUUCGAUGCAGCCAAAGUCAUUGCCAGAAAGAACGAUGUUCCGUCUCUGAGGACCGCUGCGGAUCUGGCGAGAAUCUCCAAGGAGGAAGUCCUGGCCCAGUCGCUGGCUCUGAGAUGUGCCAAAGACCUGGUAGCUGCUCAUGACUGGGUCGGAGCGCACGAGGUCCUGAACUCUCAGAGCCCCCUACUGGCCCACAGGCUCCAUCUGUGUGUGGCUGAGCUGCUGGCUGUGACGCUGGUGGACUCUGGUGUCUUCUCCUCGGCUUCCUGUGUCUCUGGUCAUUCUUGGGCAAUGUUGAAGAGUUCCAACACCAUCCAGGAUAGAGUUAGACACAUCUGGGAGGAAGAGUUUCACGUUUGCCUCAACUCAGCCGGAGAUUGGAGCAUUGAAGCUCUUCUGCAAGAGCUGAAGUCUGUGGACACUCCGGCACGGAGCGGCAGUAUCCCUCUCAGACAGGUCCUGCUGUACUCCUCGGUCCAUCUAACUCGCUCCCUGCUCAGCUGGUUACUGAACGAUGAUGGACAGCUGAUUACAGAGCUGUGGCAGGCAGUGGCUUGGCUCAGGGAUGCGGGACACUUCAGCAUCUCUGCGGUGUUCUGCCGGCUGCUCUUCCCUGAAGGUGAUGUCAACGUAUUUUCAAGGAAACAUUCAAAAACACUCCAACAAUCUAAAGCUGAAGCCGAAGCCAGCAGCCUGCAGGCGUUUGUUUGUUACCACCGUCUGUAUGAAUGCUGGUGGAGGGACUCUGCGGUCCAAACCGGAACCGGCUCCUGCAGCGAAGACAAAUUGAACGACGAAGCACUGACUGCAGGAACGCUGGAAUUGGAAGAGAGGGUCUGCCUGACGAGUGGUACCUCUAAAGAACUGGACUUUGAACCAUCAGUGCUUCUGUCGGAGCCUCAUGCUGCCUGUCAGGCCACUCAGAAAUCUGUGAGAGAGAUCCAGGAGCGGCUGUCUGCCAUGGUUCUGCAGCACAGCCAGGUCCAAGUGGGACAGCUGGACUCUGGGGACAAACAGGAUGGCAGUCUGGCACAAACAACAGCCCUAGAUCAGCAGGAAGCAACUGAAGUUGAGCAAUGUUCUGAGGAGGAGACCUUUCUCUCCUUGUCCUCAAAGAUGUCCAAAUUCCAAGAGGAGCUGGCCAACAUUCCCAACUCAAUCAAGAUGUUUCCUCGCCCAGAUGUGAUGGAAUGUUGCCUUGUUCUCUUGCAUCUCAGCAAGUGUUCUUCCAUCUCCGAUGUUGUCCAACAACAGGCCAAACAUCUGCUCCGAAAAUACGGAAGAAGUCCACCAGUCCUGAAAGCGUCCCAGGGAUUCCUUACGAGAUCCGGUUGUCCUGCGGACUGAGAGAAACGCCUCACUUGCACAGCUUUUUCUGGAAUAAAAUGAAUCUUUGAAACUGA